AUGAGGAAUCUUUCACAAACAGUCAUAGCUCUCGGCUUUCUUUUGAGGUUGUUUGGACUCGGUCUAGCAGAUUCAAGUGUUUUCAAUCUCACUGCCAUUCGAGCUGGAUCGCUACUGCAAUAUGCGAGUGUCUUUGCCAGCAGUAGCAAAUUGUACUUGGGCGUUUGUGAUUCACCUUUGCAGGCAACGAUCACUUCACAAGGCCAAUUGCGCUUUGCUGAUGAUUCAUAUGCAAUUGUAUGUGACAAUGGAACCAUUGUACAAGGAAAUCGCGAUCAAGGAUCGUUUGAAUUCACAAUUUCUAGUGGGUUUGUGAACUACAAAGGAUCUAGUGGUUUCACUGCUGUGGCGCUUCAAGGUGAGAGUGCGAACCCACAAGGCAAAUGGAUUUUUGCGACAAAAGGUACAAGCUUGCAAGAUCUCAGCAUUUUGAUCAGAGCCACCGUGCUCAACGGUGGAGUGGCUCCUGAUUUCGAUUCCAUCGCUACUCCGACCAGUUUAACUUUGACCCAACCUUCGAGUCUCAGCUCGAUGACAACCUCAACCGCGAAAAAUCCGUGGAAUUAUAUGCCCUCGACUUUUCUUACGCCUGUAUCGUCGACUUCUUACACGAUUACGAGUUUAACACCACCACCACAGACAGUAGUGGCGCCUGUCUCGUUUGUCACUUUCGAAGUAUCCCAGCAACCGCACACGCGGGGCAGUUCUCGGGACAAUUCCGACGCUUCUCAACUACCUAUUUCAGCAUCAAUAAGCACUUCGCUACACAGUAUCAGAUCCAUGUCAAUUACCUCCUGGUGCCAGUCUUCACAACAAAAUCCAAUAUAUUCCAGAGCUCCCAAUGAAACCAUACCAACUUUCCCAAGUUUAGUUCAUCCAAUGGAAACAUCCAUUUUGACAAACACAAGCAAAUUCGAUACCCAUUUGCUAUCCGGCGCCAGGUCCACGAAUUCUACAUCAACCUCUCUCCUGAAUAGCUGUUUGCCAGUUGUUGUAACGCGGUCCAAUGCAAGCUUGACAGAGGCUUUUUCAACUGCAGAUACACACGCCAGAUCUAUGAGGAAUUUCACUGUGCCUAUUCAUCUGUUAGUAACCUCCUCUGAAAUGAUGCUUUCGACUCAGCAGCCCACAUUGCAAGCAGGGACCCCAACUAGUGUCACUUUUCCACCGCCUAUGAAUCUCUCUGUAAACACAUCAAGAGCUGAUAGCUUACCAACCACGGCAAGCACAUCAUCGAUUGCCACUCGGGUAUCGUCAUCGCAGUUUUUUUCGUCAAACAGUGUCAGUCAAUUCAGAGGUUCAAAUAUCGGUAUUAGGAUCGGUCUCAACAACUACAUCAGUGGGCUCGUCUUGAUAGCAAUGUUGCUAUAG